AUGAACUUCAUUAAGACAUUGUUGGAUCCAUCUGAUUUCGUCAACCAGAGAAUGGCUGACCUCAGCAUGGGGGAGGCACACCGAAGAAUAACGGACUACCUUAACCGCUUAUUCGACGCGGUUUUCUCACAAGACGGAGCUUCACGCAAAACACCUCCUCUUUUUCUCCUUCAAUUCUCCUUCUCUGCUAGCCUCGCUGACGCUCUCAUCGAGUUUCGAAGUUGGGAAUCGGCUUGGGCUAUGGAGGCUUUGUAUGUAGUUGCUUAUGAAAUUAGGGUUCUUGCAGAGAGGGCUGAUAAGGAACUGGCUUCGAUUGGAAAAUCGCAGGAAAAAUUGAAGGGUGCCGGAUCAUUCCUCAUGAAAGUGUUUGGCGUUCUUGCUCUUGGAACAGUUCAUCUUUGCCGAAGUGUAAUAAGGAGUAUUGAAACUGCUCGAAUUUUUUAUUUUGAGGAGUUCCCUAAGGGAGAUAAGGAUCUCGUCAUAGGCCCGUUGAUAGUGAAAUCUGAUUCAAAAGAUCAGGAUGAUUCUAAAAUAUCUGAUAUUGUGAAGCUUUCAAUAGGCAUCUUGCCUAAAAGACUGGCUCCUGGAUAA